AUGCGCCGUUUUAAUCCUAAAUGGUUUCAGGAAUAUCCUGAUUGGUUGGAGUAUAGCGUAAGUAAUGAUACAGCAUAUUGUUUGUAUUGUUAUUUAUUUAAAGAUAGUAACAUUCAUCAAGGUGGAGGUGAUGUAUUUUCGACCAUUGGGUUUAAGAGUUGGAAUAAAAAGAAAAGUUUGUGGAUACACGUUGGUAAGCCAAAUAACAUUCAUAAUCAGGCAAAAAAAAGAUGUGAAUAUCUAAGUCGACAACAACAGUCUAUUAAAUCUGCAUUUGGGAGGGGGCAAUCUGAUCAAUUUAAGCAGGAGUACGGGCUUCGCUUAACUGCUUCAAUUGAUGUAGUAAGACUUCUUGUGAAUCAAGGAUUUGCAUUUCGGGGUCAUGAUGAGUCUAAAUCAUCACUUAAUAAGGGUAAUUUUCUUGAAAUUCUCUCAUGGUAUGCGAAACAUUGUGAUAAAAUUCAUGAUUAUGUAUUGGAACAUGCUCCUCAGAAUGACCGAAUGACCUCUCCAAUGAUUCAAAAAGAUAUUGUGACUGCAUGUAAGAUAGAGACCAUCAAAGCUAUCAUUGAGGAAUUAAAUGGUGACUACUUUGCCUUAUUAGUUGAUGAAUCUUUUGAUGUGUCACGUAAGGAGCAAAUGGCUGUGGUUUUACGAUAUGUUGAUCGAAAGGGAUUUGUGAUGGAGCGAUUGAUUGAUAUUGUACAUGUUCAAGAUACUAGUGCUUUAUCUCUAAAGAGUGCAAUUGUCAAUUUACUUUCUCAACAUUCAUUGAGUCUAUCUUAUGUGCGCGGGCAAGAACUUGGUCUUAUAAGAGCUGGUGAUACUCGUUGGGGAUCUCACUAUAAAUCCUUUUGUAAUUUUAUUCUUAUGUUUGGCUCUAUUACUGAUGUUCUUGAUGCACUUGUUGUUGAUGCAUAUUCUCCAGAUGAAAGUGCUAAGGCAACAGGAUAUCUUGAAGCUUGUCAAACAUUUAAGAUUGCUUUUAUGUUGCAUUUGAUGAGAGAUAUCUUAGGAAUCACAGAUGAGCUUAAUAAAUCAUUACAAAAGAAAGAACAGGAUAUUGCAAAUGCUAUGCUGCUCGUUGAAGUAGCAAAGAGAAGGUUGCAAUCGUUGAGGGAGGAUGCCUGGGAUGAGCUUAUUGAUAAGGUAUCGACAUUUUGUAUCAAGUAUAACAUUUUGAUACCCAAUUUUGAUGAGCCUUAUGUUAACUCUGGAAGAUUACGACGUAAACCUGCUGAUCAUACAGUCUUACAUCAUUAUCGUUAUGAUGUGUUCUAUAAAAUUAUUGAUUGGCAACUUCAAGAACUCAAUGAUCGUUUUAACGAGGUGACUACUGAUUUGCUUCAUGGAGUUGCUUGUUUGAAUCCAGUUGACUCAUUUUCUAGUUUUAACAUCAAGAAGAUAAUGAGAAUGGCUGAAUUAUAUCCUGAUGAUUUUGAUGAAUUUAGUAGGGGUGCUCUUGAGAAUCAGCUUGCGACAUACAUUAUUGAUGUCCGUGAUAUUGAUGAAAGGUUCGCCAAUAUGAAUGGUAUUUGUGAUGUCUCAAAAAAACUAGUUCAAACGAAGAAGCACUUAAACUUUCCUCUUGUAUUCCGCUUGGUGAAAUUUUCUUUGCUUCUACCAGUUGCCACUGCAUCCGUUGAAAGAGCGUUUUCGGCAAUGAAGUUUAUUAAGAAUGACCUGCGGAAUCGGAUGAAUGACGGACUUUUGAGCGGCUGCUUAGUUCCUUAUGUAGAAAAAGAUGUAUUUAUUAAUAUUUCUAAUGAUGCUAUUGUAAAAACAUUUCAAGAGAUGAAACCUCGAAAGCUUGACGAUGAGGGUUAUGAUCAAACUGUUGGUGGUGGCCAGUGGAAGAUAAUUAGAGGUUCAAUGGUUGUGGCUCGAGGUUACAAGAUGUGUGACUUGUACUUAUUUCAGGGUUUCAUUUGUAGUGACUCGAUAGCAGGGUAUUCAGCAUCAGAAAAAUCCUCCAAAGACUCCACAGAUCAAGUUGAUAAUGAAGAUAGUGAUCACGUUCAGAAUGAUCAACGUGAUUUUGUUGAUGCUCCAGUGGAAGAUGAUGUGGUUGGCCAGCAACCAGGUGCUAUUGAUGCUCCAGAGAGUUCCUCAGAAGAUCUAUUAGAGAGAAAGUGCGUUUUUAGGGUAAAAUAUGAAGAUGGUAACCCAGUUCCACGGUACAAGGCUAAAUUGGUUGUCAAGGGCUUUAAUCAGAAAAAGGGAGUUGAUUUUGAUGAAAUCUUUUCUUCAAUUGUGAAGAUGUUAUCCAUUCAGUUUACCAAAUGGAAAAGGCCUCCACUGGGUUGGAUAAAGGUAAAUACUGAUGGGAAUAGAUUUGGAGAUGGAAUAAUAGGGGCUGGUGGAAUUGUUAGAGAUCACGAGGGCAACAUGGUGAUGGCUUUUGCGUAG